ACUGAUGAAAAUGAACACUUCCUCAUUUCACUUUCACCUGACUAUUCGGGUGUGCGACAUCCAGAUGCAGAGAUGUUUUUGAAGAAAGGUAUCAAGAAUGAGACUAGGAGAUCCGAACUUACCAAAAAGCUAUUCGAGAUCUUUCGCCGAGAUAGAAUUUUUCAGCUUCCUGAGUUUCUUGACAUAAAAUGGAAUCCGAGACUGCGCAAAACGGCGGGGAUGUGUCGAAAUAAAUCAGAUCGCACAAGCUGGAUAGAACUGUCUCCAAAAGUUUGCAGCACCCCAGAUCGUGUAAGGGAUACCCUUAUCCAUGAACUCUGCCAUGCAGCAGUGUGGAUUGUCGAUGGAUGCAUCAAAGAAGGACAUGGCCCGAUUUGGAAGCGAUGGGCUAACCAGUGCAUGCAGCGCUUUCGAUCCCUUCCGGUUAUAGGACGUUGUCAUGAUUACGAGAUUGAAGCAAAGUUCGUCUAUGAAUGUGGGGGUUGUGGACAGAAGUAA